CGUCGUCUUUCAUUCUAUCACGGCAUCCCAUUCUGCUUUCACGGUUUUAGCCUCUCCUCUCUGCAAUCUCAACCGCCGCAAUAGCCACAUUCCGAUCCAUGUCUGCGCUUCGCCUCCGUCUGUCCAAGGUCACAUCCCUCGCGCUCCCUUCCGAGCCCGACCCUAAAGUUGUUGGUUUAGUUGACAAGGAAUUAGGAGAGAAGAGUGGUGGUGUCAUUCACGCCGUUGUUUCAUAUCUCAAAAACAUGUUGAUAGCGACGGUUUUCACUCUCACCUACAUUUUGGGGCUCGACCCUAUCAGUCUCCGUCUCUAUUUGAAUCCCAAUAGCCAUCUCUACUCUCAAUGGGAAGCCAGACAACUCUUUGAAAGCUGGUGCAAGGAAUAUAACAAAACAUACCCUUCUGAAGAUGAGAAACUCUACAGGUUCGGUGUCUUCAAGGAAACUCUUGAAUGGUGCGCCCGCAACAACCUGAGGACGUUAUCUCGCUGCUCUGGCACCAACUGUUUCGCUGAUCAAACCGAGGAUGAAUUAAUUCACAGUCUCUUUUUAGACGGUUCUUACAUUUCUGAUAGUGAUUAAUAAUCUUAUCAAAGCUUGCGCAAGAGACGAUAUGAGAAUGUUUUAAUUUUUAAUUUCAACUUGUUUUCUUCAACACCCUGAUCGACUGUGUGCUAUUUUAUAUAUUAGUUUGUUAGUUAGAA